CAAGAUUUUUUGCUUGACCCCUCCACAAGCAAGGUUUCCGGCUGGUGCAGGAGCACACGUCGGUCUUCAUACACUUCUACGUUCUGAAUUUCAAGCUUUGAGGUCUUUUCUCGCCAUGUUCGCCAAUCAUGCGAUGCAGUUGAUCUCCAAGAAGUCCCCACCCAACAAGGUAAUGGUUGCCUAUGGGCUCUUUUCUGCUGCUGCCUUGGUGGUUUAUCACUUCGUGGCCAGCGGCGAGUUCUCUGCAAUUCUCACCCUGGCCGUGAUAUUUCAAUGCCUUGGCUUUGCGCUACUUUCUCUACAAGUGCUGCUCACAGGUAGCACUGCUGGCAUCUCCGCUCGUGCUCUCGCAUUGGACGCUUGGUCACUUUGCUUCCGCCUCUCAUCAACGCUGUGGUUGCAUGGCUAUUUGCCUGUGGAUGCCUCUGGCGAUUUCGUCUUCCAGGCUGUGGACGUGAUUUCGCUGGUCUUGGUCUUCUGGCUCCUGCACUCCCUGCUGUUCGAGAAGAGACGCAGCUAUCAGGAAGAACAGGACACCUUCCCCGCAACUCCAGUGGUGGUGAGCUGCUUGAUCCUCGCGGGCCUUUUCCACGCUGACAUGAAUGCCCGCCCUGUCUUCGACACCUUGUGGAUGGCAGGCCUCUUCAUUAGCGCUGUGGCAGUGUUGCCUCAGUUGUGGCUGAUCUCCAACACUGGUGGGAAAGUGGAGCCUCUCACCAGCCACUACAUCGCUGCCAUGGCCAUCUCUCGUGCGUUGAGUGGCAUCUUCAUUUGGCAUGCUCGGUUCGACAUCACCUGCGAGCCACUGGUGGAGGGCUACAACCAUGCCAUUUGGGUCAUUCUUGGAGCUCAUGUUUUACAUCUGCUUCUGCUGGGCGACUUUGGGUACUACUAUGUGAAGGCCAUCAUGAAGCAGGGCCUGGGAAGCCAACUGGAGCUGAUUCAGGAUUGCUACGUCUAGUGAGUCUAGUGCCCCAGCUCCCAAUCGAGACCUGCCACCAUCACGACCUGCGAAUGCAGACGCAUUUUGGUUGGCAUAGUGACAGCUGAGCUCGAGAUGAGCGACAGACAAAAGUGAUC